CUUCUUCUUUUUAUUCUUCAAUUUUUUAACCUCAAACUUUUUUUACUUUUUUCCCCGAGUUUUUUUAACUUCCGUCUUUUUUUUUCUUUCUUUUUUCUCUCUUUUUUUCUUUCAAUCAAAACCGAACUCAGCUUCAAAAAGUCAAACAAAAAGCGCGGAACAGGUUUUUUUUUUUUUUGUCUUUGUUGCUUGUUUUUUGUUUUGUUUCCAAUCCAAAUGUCGGACGGCAGCGGCGUCGGCAGCCUGAAUGGCAGCAGCAGCAGCAGCAGCAGUGGCGGCGUCGGCGUUCGUGAAGAACACCACCACCAACAGCAGCACCAGUCAGCACACGUCGCUCCACCGCGCCUCACGCUGACCACGCCAGCCUCAGCGACCGCGCGUGCAGACAGCGAUGCUGCAGCAGGAGGAGGAGGAGCGACGGCUGGAGGAGCACCAACAACGACGACGACUGAGAUGGACAAUGUAGCACAAGCAGCCAAACCAACCCUCAGCCUCACUCACCCGCACCAGCACCAGCACCAGCAGCACUCCCAUGACAAUGACAUGCUGCUGCUUGAGGCGACAAAGGCAGGGCGGCGGCUGGGCCAGCUUCGGAGGCAGCGGACGGGCAGCGUUGGCGACGCAGGAAGUCUGCUGAGCGUCGACUCUGCUGCUGGCACUGCGUCGUCGUCAUCGAGCCACCAGGACGUCGAGGACGAGGACGAGGACGACCAGGACUUGUAUGGCGACGACGACAACUACGACGAGGACUUUGUGCUGCAGUCGUCACUCGGCGACGGUCAUCACGAAGUUCAAGGUGGUCACGAAGCGCAAGGGCAAGCGCAAGGGCAAGGGCGUGCUGCUGCUGCUGCUCUGAAUCUGAGCCUCGAAGACAAGCAUGCUCAAGCGUCAGGGAAGGAAGAACAUGCAGGAAACACCCAUCAUCACAAGGCAAAGCAUGGGCAGGACGGCGCUGCAACCACUGUGGCGUCGAAUUCUACCAGUAGUGCUGCUGCUGCUGCUGCUAAUCCUGCUGCUGCUCCUGCACCGAGAGACUCGAAGCACCUGCAGCUGCCGAUCGAGCGCGAGGCAUCCUGCUUCAUCCACCUCGACGGUGCGCACUCUGCCCCAGACAUUGGUGCUCAUGGGCCUGGACACCCGCACACCAAAUGGUCAGACCACUCGCUGGCGUUCUACGCGACCGACGAGGCCGCCUCGGUCGCCGCCGAUGCGAACGCUCGUUCCCACCCCGAAACCCGCCCAUUCGCCCACGGCGACGUCAAGGGCAAGAUGCUGGCUGCAUUCUACAACAUUCGUCACAAUGUCAACAACUUCCUAUCCUCCAUCAGCGACUCGCCCAUCUGGAUGCUUGGCAAUUGCUACAGCGGCAAGGAACUCGAGUGCAACGGCCACACGGAAAACAAACACAACAAACGCAGCCGACACAUUUGCAAGUUUUUCGCAGACUUCCAAACCCUCGUCUGCUUUUCAUAUCGCAAGGAUUUCGAGCGGAUACCUGGCAGCAAACACACCACCGAUUGCGGCUGGGGCUGCACCCUCCGCAGUGCCCAGAUGCUCGUCGCAGAGGCGCUCGUUUUGCAGAUUUUUGGCCGUCGUUGGCGAAUUGAGGAUCGUUCCUGCCCUGCCCCACUCAGUAGCUCGAAAGAGGAUCAGCUCCGACUGAUUAUUCGAUUAUUCCAAGACCAACUGCGGCUUGAUAGCCCUUUCUCCAUCCACAAUAUCGUUCAGCACGGCUGCCAACUGUUUGACAAGCGUGCAGGUGACUGGUUUGGUCCGGCAAGCGUUGUUCGAGUUUUUGCUGAUCUGAUCAACCAAGCAUAUGCAAUGCAUCAAAGCCCAUUCCGCGCCUACCAGGCGAUCGACCACAUUAUUUAUCGAGACCUUGUUGCAGAGCUAUGCAGUGGACCAGACGCUGUGCGCGACCUUGAAUUUUCAACCCCGACCUCCACGUCAGAAAGCGUCAGCACCGACGAAACGGUCACCCCGUCCGCGAGCACCUCGCAAUCACCGCCAGUCCUGCCGCCUCCGUUCAUUCCCUUGCUCAUUCUGAUGCCUUUGCGAUUGGGGCUGAAUGAAAUCAAUCGCAUGUACAUUCCCUGUCUCAAGGCUCUUCUCAUGUGCGCUCAGUGCGUCGGAAUUAUUGGCGGACGGCCACGGCACUCGCUUUAUUUUGUCGGCUACCAAGAGGACAAUGUAAUAUUUGCCGACCCGCAUGGCUGCAAGCGGUUUGUAGAUAUGCAGCAAACGUCCUUCCCGACAGAAACCUUCCACUCUGCAGUUCCCAACAAAAUCCCAUUCACCCAUAUGGAUCCCUCCAUGGCGAUUGGCUUUUUGUGCCAAAACCAAGCCGAUUUUGACGAUCUGUGCAAUUUCCUCACUUCGCUGGACAAAAAGUGCUCGUUCAUUUCGGUGGAAAAUACCUGCCCGGCGUACUCGCGUUCUACGUUUGUGCCGGCCCCGCCGCGGUUGACCAUCGAGGAACUCCGCGUCAAGCUGGCAUCCGCGGCAUCCACCAGCAGCUCCAGCGCUCCGGGCAAAGCUCCGGCACGCCGUCGCGCAUCGCGCCCUCGCUCGGAUCUGACUGCCGACGCCGGCCUCGCAAGCAAGCACCAGCCGCGUGAGGAUGGCCCGCCCAAAGAGUCGUCGUACGACGAAGACAACGAGGAUGGGUUUGGUGAAGGCGACGACGACCGCUACGACUCUGACUUUGUCAUGUGCGCUGCCGCGACGUCCAUCCCUCCUCAGCCCCAGCGACAACUCUCUAGCUCCUCGAGCGUUUCUUCGACCAAAAAGAAGCCUGCAUCUGGUGGAUUCCGCAAGUAUUUCUCGACGCUGCGAGGCAGUACCUCCGAGCCCGAAAAUGAGCAGCAACUGCAACUACAGCAGCAGCAGCAUCAACAGCAGUUGCAGGGUCAUGAGGUCGGUGCGGCUGGUGCCAGCGUCCCGCCACAACAACCGCGGUCUGCGGAUCCAGAGCGCAAGUCGCCCUUCUCGUUCUUGUCGUUGCGCCAUCGUCACCAAACCCCGACCUCGGAGUUUGCCGCAAGCAGCCACAGCUCGCUCUCCGACCAACCUGCCUCUGCCAGCACGUCCCAGCCAAACUCUCCUCCGGUGAUAAUGCAGCAUCAUUCCUCUGCCGAUCACCAUCAUCCGCUUUCGCAUCAUCAUCCAGUGAUCACUGGCAGCUUGACGGCGGAUUCGCUUAAGGCGCUCAACCGCGCCGCUGCUCUGCAGGAUGCGACUCAUCCCGGCAGUAUGUCUGCCUUUCACUCGCUUGUGACGCCCUCGACGACUGAAUGAGCGUUGACGCCAGCAGCAGCAGCGGUUGGUUGGAAAAGUCAAAGCGCAGGUUGGAAGAGUCAAAGUGGAUGCUUCGCCACCAACAUCAUCCCCAAAGCAAAUUCUAACAUCCACAAUCGCUGACGAUCUGUGGCUGUUGUUGUGUGUUUUUGCUCUUGUACGAUUUGUUCUUGUUCUGUUUGUGCUUCUGUAUGUAAAUAACUCGGCAUUGAU